UUGUAAGGCAGGCCAUUUCAUUUAUGUCAGGCCCAACGUGUCCAAAUUAAAAGGUGUUCCCUUGUUCCCUCUGUCAACUGUGUGUUCGACAUCUGACAUAUCUAACUCCCAUAAUCGAAUCCUCGAAUCGAAUGGCGCCCAACCAAAAACACCAUAACCUCGAGCGUAUCCGCCAGCAGAUCGUGCUGGCCAACAUCCAGGAGCUGAUCCGGAAGAUGACGCGUCGCUGCUUCAACACCUGCAUUCCGCGGCCGGGACUGGAGUUGCGGUCCGAGGAGCGCGACUGCGUGGACAACUGCAUGGAUCGGUUCUUGGACUCAGUGCAGAUGGUGUCGCGCCAGUACUUCCGGCGCCGGAGCCGAAAGGCUACCCUCUCCUCACCAUCCGCCACCAAAUCCGCAUCUAGUCCAACUGGGCCAAAGGACAAGGAAAAUCCUGCCCAUCCUUCAAGUCCACAGCCCACCUGGGAACUGGAUAAGGUCACUUAUCUUAUGGCAGCAUUUCAGCCCUUUGCCCCUCGGAAAUGAAUACGAAAUGGAGGAAGAGGGUUUUCUGCUGGCGGGACCGCUUAUGAUGUCUUCGUGUUGGUCGUCCAACAAGUCCUGGUAGAGUCAUCGGUCAAUGAAGAUUGACAAAAAAUAAAGUUGUCGUUUUUGUACUUUCUUUGGUCUUGAGACUCCAUUUUAUUUUUGAG